GCUGUCCGUGGUCAACCAGAGAGCAAGCGAGCACCCAGCACUGAUCAACGAUCACCAAUCACCGAGCACCGAGCACCAUGUCCCUGUCAAUGCCGGUGGGAGAGUUCUUUGAGAACAGUGAGAUUUUUGUGACAGGCGGUUCGGGUGUGGUGGGCAAGGCUUUGAUCGAGAAACUGCUUCGAUCAUGUAAUGUGCGGAGAAUCUAUGUCCUAAUGCGUACGCGUCAUCACUUGGGCGCCGAGGAGCGACUUCAGAAGAUGCGCAAGGCGCAUAUAUUCCAUGUGCUGAGGAAAGAGCGCCCUGAGCAGCUGGACAAAUUGGUGGCCAUAUCGGGUGACGUCUCAUUACCUGGUCUGGGCCUAGAUCAGGCAGCCAAGGAGCUAAUGAGCGAAGUAACCUUUGUGUACCAUUGUGCGGCCACAGUUCGUUUCGAUGAGCCCUUGCGGAAGGCCCUGCGCCUAAAUGUAGGCGGCACUCUGGAGGCCAUCAAGUUUGCUCAAACCUUAAAGAAUCUACGCAUGUUUAUGCACGUGUCGACGUUUUUUAGCAAUCCCUAUUUGGAGCGGGUUGAGCCCAAGCAUUACUCGUCCCCCAUGGACUGGCGCACGUGCUUAAGACUAGUGGAUAAGAUCCAGGACGAUGAUUUGUUGGAUGCCCUCACACGCAAUGUACAUUCCAGAAUUAUUGUAGGCUUCCCCAAUACCUACACAUUCACGAAGAAUUUGGCCGAAUCUCUGAUCAAUGAUUAUCGCGAGCAGCUGCCUGUGGUGGUCUAUCGCCCCUCGAUUGUUCUAUUCGCAGUGAAUGAUCCAAGUCCUGGCUUCGCCCCAUCACUGAUGGGUGCCAUGGGCUUGUUCUCACUUGUCGGUACUGGCAUCUUGAAGACUGUCUAUUUGGGCAAGAAUAUCCAUUUGGAUAUCACGCCGCAGGAUAUUGGAAUCAAGUCAAUGCUCUGCUACACACAAUCGGCCUACAAUUCGUAUCACCAGUCGGAUCCACCCAAAGAUCUUUUGGUCUUUCAGUGCUCCUCCCGUACCCACAUUCCGCAUACGUUCACCGAAAUGGCCGAGCAAAUGGAUAAUCUGAGCCUUUGGGAAGCGAUGCCCUUUCAGAAGAGUCUGCUCUUGCCCGGUUGCCAUUACACGGACAAACGUUGGCUCUAUCAGUUCUUGGUGUUCACCAAGCAAAUUCUUCCCGCUCUUCUGGUCGAUAUGUUGUUGAGUCUCUGUGGCCGUAAGCCCGUUGUCCUGGGCAUAGUGCGCAAGGCCUAUCUCACUCUGGAGGUGAUGAAGCCUUUUAUGUUCAACAACUAUCUAAGUCCGGGUACAACGAAUGUCAAAUACUUGAUCGACUAUAAUAGAGGCACGGACUUUGAAAUGGGAACGUAUGAAUAUCCCGUUACGAAUGAAUUAAUGGUUGUCAAAUGCCAGGAUAUGCUGCAAAGCAUUCGCCACGAUCUGCUCAAGGAGGAUCCCCGUACCCUGGAGCGAUCGAAGCGCAUUCUAAGAUUCAAAUUGUAUUUCUAUCAGGCCAUACGACUGCUACUCGUUUACAAGGUGCUCAAAUUUCUGUGGAUCUACUACUUCACUUAGUCUAAUGUCACCUGGACAUCAAAUUCAAAAAUGUAUAUGUAUACCAUAUACCCAUAUUUUUUGUGUAGUACUUAGUGAGCACUUUUCGAAACGUUUCCAUUUCAUUGCUAAAGAAAUUUUUAAAUAUCAAUUGAAAUAAAUAUACUUUUUUUUCAAUAUCCUGGAGCCAUGUGUAACUGGCUGGUUAAUUUGCUGACUCGCGGCUAUUGCAACCAGUGCAAGGAACGAUUCCGCAGACGUUUCCGGGCCUAUUUCGGACUCUUCUGCCCUUGCCGUAUAAUAACCUUUCUGUUAAGGUUGAUUAUCUCAAUUUUGGUGGUCACUUAUUUGGUCGUCCUGACCGAUGAAUACAUACAGAGAGCCCAGCAGAGCCGCAAGCAAGAUUCUAAUCCAUUGGUGGACGACCUAAUGCAGCUAGUGAACCAGAUGCGUUUGUACUUUAAGGAGCUGUAUAAUGAUUUUAUAACCCGUAAAUUGCCACGGGCAACCUCCAACUGGAUGUUAUUUUAAUUGCGUAAUGCGUAAAUAAAAAGAUUCGAACAUUUA